AUGACAGAGCUGAGCGACCGAUGGAACGAACAGGGGCGCAGUAACGGCCAUGCAAAUUCCAAGUCGGCCUUUGUACCUGUGCGGCAGCUUCUGCAGCGCAAUGCUGUCAGCCAGGGGGACGAAGUUGUGAUAGAGGCACUUGUGAAGGGUGUGGAAGGGGGUGAUGGCCGGCCAGUGGUUGUGCUGCUGGCAGAUGACACCACUGAGAACCAGCCUGUUGGCAUGUCUGGCAACUGGCGCUGCUUAUGGCUGGCUGAUCCCGAUGGUGGGAAAGUUGAUGAUGGACCUGCACUUCAGCUCAGACUGCUGGACCAACAGGUGGCAGCAGACUCGCUGGUGAUCGUUGUACCAACAGAUGGGGCGGCAGAUGGGAAGACCGGCAAGGCCUGCAUGCAGGGCACACAGAUCAGUGCAGAUGCCGCCUGCACCUUGUCACUGACAGCAGGGCACCGGUCCAGACAUGCAGGAGCUGUUGUGGGCCUGCUGACUUCCAUUCAGCUGCAAGUGGAGCAACAGCACAGAUCGCUCGAUCUGCGCAUCCUGGCCCCAGGCGCUCUGUUUUUGAGCCUGUCUGCGCUGCCAUCGCUGCUCUACUCGCCGGCCUUCAAUGCAAUCCAUGUCAGUCUGGCCUCACUACGCCGGGCCUCAGCACUACAGCUGAGCUGCUGCCUGCCUGCCCUCUGUGGCGUCUCCCUGGCAAGCCCUCCCUGCAUACUGGUCAGGAGAGUGCAUGCGCCAUGCCAGAAGUCGUUGCGGCGCGCGUCCUUUGGAUUUGACGACCUAUUUGGCGGAUACGAGGGCGGCGACAUUUCAUUAAGCAUGGCCACAGAUGAGACGCCUAGCUCCUCACAGCCAGAGUACAUGGCCACGGACAACAAAAGCAGCCUUUGGACCUGCACCUUCUGCCAGUCUGAGUGCGGCUCCUUUGCAACUGUUCCUGUGCUGGAGGCGCGGCUUGAGAUCACAGAUGAAGCAGGUACAUCAGAGCAAGUGACGGCCCAAGGGGAUGCUGUUGCUUCUCUUGUGGGAGUGACAGCUUUGGAAUGGUAUGGCAUGGAGGGAGCCGCCAAAGAGGCAAGGCUAAGAGCGCUCAAGGGUGCACGAGUGCUGAUGUCCUUCUUUAUGGAGAGCGAAGACUUACAAGGCAGCUGCCGGUCGAAGGAGCCCCUCAAAGUAGCAUCCCUCAGAAGCUUGAAUUGA